AGUGACGCACAUUGGGCGUAUUUCGAUUUCUACUUGAACUAUAUUGAACUUUUAACAAUGUUCUAUUGAGUUGCAUGGUUUGAAGAAAAGUUGUCACUCUUUUAUUGCUAUUUCUUUGACUCCUUUUGAAAGUUUUUUAAUACAGGGGUACUUUGUGUGUGACUCUUUGUUGCGUAGGUUGUCUUACACUCAACCAUCCAUAAAUCUUUCCCUUCUUCGUCACGGCCAAAGCUUUUGCCUACCGGUUGUUGGUAUACACUAGCUGGCGUCGGUUCAAAAGCAAAAAAAAAAAAAAAGUGAUAACUCAUACAAAAAACACAUGAAACUUUACAACAGUACGUAAUAUAUAUUUCUAUAAAACAUGGCUGCCAACAUUAGCUUUACAUUUUAUGUAAUGAUGGACAGGUUAGUUAAUUGUGUCACACUUGAUUGAUGGUGAGUCUGUAUUUGGAAUAAAACUUUACCACGCGUGAAAUAGUUUUAUUCCACAAAAUGAAUAAUUCCAUAUAGUGACAGACGAAAUGUCCCAUUCCAUAUAUCACUUGAAAUUAUUCUUUCCAUGAGCAUCUUCGAGACGAUUUAGUGUUGAAGGUCUUGCUCUUAAUUGGAGUUCACCGUGACGCAAGUGCAUUGGAAAAAGCCAUCAAAUAUUGUUUUUGACGAAAACUUCCAAGAGAUGGCGUUACUGCGGGAUGUUAACGAUUUCCCCAGAUUUCUCCAGACAGUUUGGAUGAUCGUGGCUUUAAACAUUGGACAAUAAAAGUGUACAAAUCAAAACCCCAGUUUUACGACUCCGUCAUCAGCCGUGCGUAAAAUGUGGCAUGCAUUUAUGUACAGCUGCAUAACGUGACCUUUCACGCAACGUUGGAAAUCCUAAAUUGCUUGGAAAACUCCCAGUGAGGGCCAAAACGCACAAUAACACAUGUAUUUUAUCAUGAUUGUUAUUUCUAAUGUUCAUAAAUCACAUGACGGGAAUUAACCAGUCAUGCGAUCUCAGGCUGACCACGGCCAACGAGAAAAGGGAACCCUGCCCACGUUGAAUCGGCAAAGUGCGCAUCUGAGCAUUCAGAACAGGUGAUUCUGUGCUCUGAAAGGUUAAAGUCUGGCAGACAUUUCAAAAAUGGACUGAUAAAGAAUUUCAAGUUGGAAGUUAGAAGACCGCAAUUCGCUCGUCAGGCAGGCCGGCAAGAUGGCCAUCACAAACUGGAAAACACAGCGGGCGCUGAUUGUGGCACUUGUGCUCCGUGUUAUGUUCAUUCGACCACUCCAUGGAACUUACGACAUUACUACUGGUCAAUCAACAACUUUGUGUCUGUGCGAUGGUACCACUGUACUGCCAACAACUGCAGGAUCUUUGACAAGCACGAUACCAUCUGAUCCAAUGACAUCAACAAACACCGGCACAUCAUCUAUCAUGGAGACAACGGACACCACAGAGGAAACAACAACCACUACAGAGAUGACAAACAAAGGCAAACCAACCACCACAGAGACAUCAGCCACCACAGAAGAGACAACUACCUCAGAGGAGACAACAACCACAGCUGAGAUUACGAAUACAGGCACAUUAAUCACCAUGGGGGAGACAGUAGACAACACAGAGGAAACAACAACCACUACAGAGACACCAGUCACCACAGAGGAAACAACAACCACUACAGAGACACCAGUCACCACAGAGGAAACAACAACCACUACAGAGACACCAGUCACCACAGAGGAGACAACAACCACUACAGAGGAAACAACCACCACAGAGGAGACAACUACAACUACAGAGGAAACAACCACUACAGAGGAGACAACUACCACAGAGGAGACAACAACCACAGAUGAGACAACAACCACAGCUGAGAUUACAAAUGGAGGCACAUUAGCCACCAUGGAGACAACAACAGCUACAGAGACACCAACAGCUACAGAUAAGUCAAUGACUACAACACCCGUUUGGUGUUACUGCACCACAGAAUCACCCACCACUGAAGAUACACAAUCCACCACAGGGAUGACAACCACCGUAGGGAUGACAGGCACACCAUCUACCGUGGAGGCAAGGGCCACCACAGAGGUGACAGCAACCACAACAGGGAUGACAACCAUAGGCACACCCACCACCAUGGAGACAGCAGACACCACAGAGGAGGCAACAACCACUAUAGAGAUAAACACAGUCACACUAACCACCAUGGAGACAACAGCCACCACAGAUGAGACAGCCACAACAGAUAUUACAAACACAGGCACAUCAUCAACCAUGGAGACAACGGCCACCACAGAGGAUACAACCACUACAGGCACACCACCCAACAUGGAGACAACAGCCACCACAGAGGAGACAACCACUUUAGAGAUAACAAACACGGGCACACCAUCCAGCACGGAGACAGCAACCACCAUUGGGGAAACAACAACCACUACAGGGAGGGCAACCACUACAGAGAUGACAAACACAGGAGAGACAACCACUACAGGGAUGAUAACCAAUGAAAUGGCAACCACUACAGGGAUGACAACCACAGAGCAGAUAACCACUACAGAGCUGACAACCACAGAUCGGACAACCAUUACGGAGAUGACAACCACAGAGAUGGCAACCACUACAGGGAUGCAAACCACAGAGUACACAACCACAACAGGGAUGAUAACCACAGAA